AUGCUUUGUGUUCUAGGUAAUGGCAAGAAGAAGGCACCGGUUGCCAAAUCGAAACCCAAAGAAAAGUCUAAGGAAGAGCAAACCUCAAAGAAACGAGAAUCAAAGUCGGGAAGAGCUCUGCCUACCAAGAAGGUAAAGAAGUCACCUGACGCGGUGGAGAGUUCGGUCAAGAAUCCGGCUGACAUUAUGGUUAGUGAAGACAUAAUUUUCGAGGGUGAUGUGGAUAAUAGCCAAAAUGUUCUAGCUGAAAAUCACAUCAUGUCUGGAGCUGAGGAUGUGGCCGAAACUAGUAAUGCCUCAAACAAUAACACGGGCUCGGCCGACAGUAGAGGUUCGCCUGAUGAAGCACAGUCAGAAAACUUUGAGCACGAGAGAGAUGACCGCAUUGAUCACUCUUCGCAUCCUCCUGAAAGCAACAUGGUUGAAAUUGACAUGGAUGACUUGGGUGAGAACCAGCUUCUUAAUAUCGACCAACCACUCGCAAACUCACAUAACCUUGCUAAGGAUUCGGAAGACAUCGGCGUACUUGGCCGAGAGGCAUUGCUUAACAACCAAACACUUGUCCCGGUAAGUUAUUUCAAUCUGGCUUGGUAUGCAUCGCUCCCAUAUUCUAGAAACAACUUGAACCUUUACUGUUUGUGCAUGUACGAGGAACUCAAAGCAGUUCAACCUUGGAGUUGGUUCUUCUCAAUCCAACUCAACCAAAUCCUUAUAUGUCUGGAAUGCUUACCACCUCUCUUACUGAAGGGACGCCUCGAAAUGAUCAAGCUAUCGUUUGUGCCCCAUCGUCGGCUGAGCCUGUGGAUCAAACAACAGGCGAUCUUGGUCUGGAGCUACUUCAAUUUCUCGAUACACUAGAUAACAACACGAGCCCGGUGGAGGAAAAGCUUGAAACAACUGAAACCAAGAAGGCACUAGAAUCGGUCAGACAAUUUUUGGGUUAUGAUACGAGAGCAGUAACCGAGGCUAGUUUUCUUGCUUUCAAGGAGGCGGUUGAAGUACUUAUUUCAGCCAACCAUUUAUCUCAAGUAGAAGUUUAUGAAGUUCAUGCCCUUUUGUCCCGUGCAAAUUUUAGUCUCUCUCCCUGCCUAGAAGCCCAAAAAGAGUUUGAAACCGGCGAGAAGUUGAUGAGUGAGUAUAAAGACAUUCGCCAGUCUACCGAUCUUGGCCAACUUCAUAAGUUGAAGACUUCUUUGGAUGAGGGAAGGCAAAAAGUGCGUGAUUUGAAAAAGCAAUUGGUCGAAGCUGAAGAGCAAGUCAAAAUCACUUCGGUCUCCAUCCGAACCAUUGUUCCUCAACAAGAUCUCACUAGGUAUAGCUUGAUUUUGUCAUCGGUCAAGUCGUACAACAAGAAGAAAUGCGUUUUGAAGCGAAAGGUCGACCAAGGUAUGGAAGACUUGGAAAAGGUUAAGGAAGUUCUUCGGUCUCUUCUACCCUCUGACUAGUAAUUAUAGUGGGAUUUGAUAUUCAUCUUGGCCUUAUAUUUUGUACAUGGUCCUAGGAUCCU